AUGUUAGGGAGAGUUGGUGGGGUGGUUGAAGCUUAUGAGUUUGUUGAACAAUUUGGUGAAGCUCGGCAAUGUGUUAGAAAUUUGGAGAUCACUUCUGGGCUUGCGGACUCCAUGGACAUGUUGAAUUGGGAGAAGUGGUUGCAAAGAAGUCGCUUGAAAUGGAGAAAGUACUCAAUGGAGAAGGAUUUUAAGAUUCAGCCCUCAACUCGCACCAUUGUUACGUUGCAAACAUGUCGGGGAGAGUUGGUGGGGAUGGUUGAAGCUUAUGAGUUUGCGAAACAAUUGGGUGAAGUCGGCAAUGUGUUGAAAAUUCAAGGAUCACUUCUUGGGCUUGUAGACUCCAUAGACACGUUGAAUUGGGAGAAGUCAUUGCAAAGAAGUCGCUUGAAAUGGAGAAAGUACGCAACAUUGCAAGUAAGGAAAAAGGGUUUGCAAAAGGAAGUUGGCUCGAGUUUGAUUGAUAUCGGAGGUUCCGUGGCUCGAUUUGUGUCGAAAGAUCAAGACCACCCUCGCCACGAAGUCUGCUAUGGGAAUGCUGUCACAACAGAAAAGCACAGUCCAAACUCAAGAACUCCCUUUGGAAGAAAGUAA